UUGGCUCGCGGAUCGGCUCCCCUGUCGUGCUAACUGUUAAUACUUCCAUGGUGCUAAACAGGUAGCUUAUUAGCUAGUUAGCUCCUCUACAAACAUCAAACCUCGGCAUCAGAGAAGAAGGGGGACUCCGCAACACAGGCACCAUGUUGGUCCCCAUAUUCACUCUGAAGCUGAACCACAAGAUAAACCCUCGCAUGGUGACCAUUGGCAAGUUUGAUGGGGUCCAUCCAUGUCUCACUGCAGCCACACAAGCAGGAAAGGUGUUUAUCCACAAUCCCCAUGCUCGGGGCCAGAGACCCGCGACCCACCGGCUCAGCCAGAGCGCCCAAGACUCUGACAUCUCUCUACUGAACAUCAACCAGGCGGUCAGCUGUCUGACGGCAGGAACGCUGGGACCGAACACCACAGGGGACACACUGCUGGUGGGAUCCCAGACCAACCUGCUGGCCUAUGAUGUUCACGAUAAUGCUGAUAUAUUCUACAGAGAGGUGACAGAUGGAGCCAAUGCCAUCGUGCUGGGAAAACUCGGGGACAUCCAGUCUCCUCUCGCCAUCAUCGGAGGGAACUGCGCCUUACAAGGCUUCGACUAUGAGGGCAACGACCAGUUCUGGACGGUAACGGGCGAUAACGUUAGAUCUCUAGUUCUCUGUGACUUCACUGGAGACGGGAAGAACGAGUUACUGGUGGGAUCUGAGGACUUUGAUAUCAGGGUAUUCAAAGAGGAUGAGCUUGUGUCUGAGAUGGCUGAAAAUGAGACGGUUACCUCUCUGUGCCAUAUGCACGGCAGCAGGUUUGGCUAUGCUCUGGCUAAUGGCACUGUGGGGGUUUAUGACCGCACUGCCCGCUACUGGAGAAUCAAGUCUAAGAAUCACGCGAUGAGCAUCCAUGCCUUCGACCUGAACGCCGACGGGGUGGUGGAGCUCAUCACCGGCUGGUCCAAUGGAAAGAUUGACGCCCGCAGCGACCGCACAGGCGAGGUCAUCUUCAAAGACAACUUCUCCUCCUCUGUGGCCGGAGUGGUGGAGGGAGACUACAGGUUGGACGGACAGAAGCAACUCAUAUGCACCUCCAUAGAGGGAGAGGUCCGUGGAUACCUGCCAGCCAGUAAGGAACUAAAAGGGAAUCUGAUGGACUCCAGUGUAGAACAGGACCUGGUUCGAGAGCUCAGCCAACGAAGGCAGAACCUGCUGCUGGAGCUUCGCAAUUAUGAAGAAAAUGCCAAGGGUGUGUCGGACACAGACAGCGGGAUGGGAGUGAUACCAGCGAACACUCAGCUCCAGACGGCCCUGUCGGUCAGACCUGCUACGGAGGCCCAGAAGGCUCAUAUAGAACUGAGCAUUUCCACACCAAACGAAACCAUCAUCCGCGCGGUGCUGAUCUUCGCAGAGGGGAUCUUUGAGGGUGAGAGCCACGUGGUCCACCCCAGUGCCCAGAACCUGUCAGGCUGUGUCCGAGUCCCCAUUGUCCCCCCGAAAGACAUACCAGUCGACCUGCACAUCAAGGCCUUCAUUGGAGGGAAAAACAGCAUCCAGUUCCAUGUGUUUGAAAUCACUCGUCAGCUACCUCGUUUCUCCAUGUAUGACUUCACGGUCGACCCCUCAGCUGCCCCGCCCACCGGCAGGGUCUCCUUCAGCAUCAACGACCGACCACAGCGGGUGGUGAUGUGGCUGACUCAGAACUUCCUGCUUCCAGAAGGAAUAGACAGUCCCAACAUCACAUUUACUUCAUUAAGGGGAAGAGGACUGUUGUCCAUCAACAUGGCCAGCAAUGGACAGAUCACCCUGAGCACUGAUGACAUCGACCUGGCCGGAGACCUGGUCCAAUCGCUGGCCUCCUUCCUGGGCGUAGAGGACCUGUCAGCAGAGGCAGACUUCCCUGGCUACUUCGAGGAGCUGCGCACCACGCUCACUGAGGUGGAUGAGUUCCACUCGGUCCAUCAGAAGUUAACCGCAGCCAUGGCCGACCACUCCAACUACAUCAGGAACAUGCUGGUGCAGGCCGAGGACGCUCGCCUCAUGGGAGACAUGACGACGAUGAAGAAACGUUACAGAGAGCUGUAUGAUCUGAACAGGGAUCUGAUCAACGAGUAUAAGAUCCGCUCCAACAACCACAGUGCUCUGCUGGCCCGCCUCAAGUCCGUCAACCAGGCCAUCCAGAGGGCUGGGAGACUCCGAGUGGGUAAGCCCAAGAACCAGGUGAUCUCCGCCUGCCGCGAUGCCAUCAAGAGCAACAACGUCAACGCGCUCUUCAGGAUCAUGAGAGCCGGGGCCGGCUCCUCCUGAGGGGGGAGAGGAGGGAUUGAGACCAUCAAAAGGGACAGAGGGAGGCUCACGUGAGCUCGCCCGAUCCGUACCAAAUCGCUGCACAGCAUCAUUUCCUCCUAAAGCCUGAAACAAAAGCUGCUUUGUGGACUUGAUAAAAAAGGAAGACAGCAGGAUGGUGGGAUGGGUACAGUGGCCCGAGUUUCUCAAGCUAGUCUUAGCCUAAGUCUAGUCGCUGCCUCCUUCGCACCAUUAACAUUAGAAUCUGAUCACAUUCUGCUUAGUGAGGACAAGCUCAUAGAGAAAUAAAACCACAGGCUUAGUGGACUAGGGACAUUUCCAUCUGUCUGCCUGGCGGUGAGACUGUUGCAGAGCACUUGGUGCAGUGCAGCUGUGUGAGAGUUAAACCUGAGUAAUGUAGGAGUCAGCAGUCCAGAGACAGUGAUGUUUAGAGAGUCCAGCUGGACCGAAGCAGGAACUGGAGCCUUCUCACAAGCCAUUUCCCCGAAAGCAUGAGUUCCAGCUGUUGCACAGAGAUGCUCUGAAUACAACCGUACAACUCAGUGAUGACUGCUGAUGUCACUUGAAAAAUCUUGCAACUCCAAUACACAAGUUAUAUGCUGACACAGUGUAUUUUAGAUCAUGCAUUCUGCUUUCCAGCUCAGUUCAGAUUCAGCCCAGUGUCCCGUGCAGCUUCAGGAGUACUUCAGCUUUUUUUUUUUUUCCAGGCGGAAAUGCGAGCUUGCCUGCUAAAUAUUGAGACUUUAGGAAACUCGUGCAAACUGUUUCCCCCACAAAGACGUGAGUGUGGUGGGGAAAAGAUCAUCUGCAGGAUGCCUGUGUGACUCAGCAGACUGAGUGGUGUUUAGAGAGAGUGCAGCUGGAUGACAGGCAGCAGCUAGAGCCCUGCGUCUGGCAGAGUUGUGCCAUGGAACGGACCGGAGGCCCCUGAUCGGUCCACAUCAUCUCAACUCGUUCGGGUGCAGAUCUCUGCUGCCAGCUGCUGUGUGUCCUGUUUGUAGCCAAAGAAAACUAUUUUAUUUUAUCUUUGUGAGUGUUGCAGAGGACCAACUGUGUGGUGUUCGUGUUUACCUUUUGUAGAUUGUGCACAGACGUUGUAAACCUUGUUUUGUGUUUGUGGCAGAGAAUAUUAUUAAAUGAAUUUAUGAUACGUUUUAA